AUGUCGAGCAAUACUGGGCCAAGAGAUAGUCUUUCCGACUAUGAAUUCAGCUUUGAGGCGUACCUCGAUUAUACGACUGGAAUUGAAGUCGACUCAAAUCCUUGGAGUCGUCCCACGCUAGAUACCGCAUCCGUGGCAGAGAGCAUCUACGAGUUCCACAAGGAGAACGGGCGGACAUACCACGCUUAUCGCGCCGGCUCCUACUACUAUCCCAAUGACAUUAUCGAGGUUGAACGGCUGAAUACUCAACAUGAGACUCUCAAAAUCCUCUUAGAUGGCAGGAGUUGCCUUGCUCCCUUUUCUGAGGAAAACCCUCCACACAAGGUCCUUGAUAUCGCCACAGGCUCUGGCUGCUGGGCUAUCGACAUGGGGGAUGAGUUCCCUGAAGCUCGAAUCAUUGGUACGGACUUGUCUCCUAUCCAGAGCGAGUUAGUUCCUCCUAAUGUUGAGUUCAUAAUUGACGACGCAACCGAUGAGUGGCCUCAAGGUAGGGACUGGUGUAACUUUGACCUGAUACACACCAGGGUAACUAUGGGCUGCUGGUCUGACAUGACUAAACAAAUCAUUCAGCCGGCCUUUGAACGGCUGAGGCCUGGUGGAUGGAUAGAAUGUCAAGAACUGGAGGGCCUUAUGGAGUGCGACGACGGCUCGGUCAGAGAAGACAACGCUUUCAAAAAGUGGUGCGAUGAUAUUGUCGACGCUAGCAUAGCCGUUGAUCGACCCUUGCCCGGUGCCGCAAAUAUAAAGCAAGCGCUCACGGAGACCGGAUUCGUCGACAUCCAUGAAAAGAUAUAUAAGAUCCCUAUCAACGGCUGGCCCAAGAACCGCAAGCUUAAGAGGUUUGGAGAGCUAUGGCAUGCGAACGUGGUGGAAGGACUACAGGCGCUUAGCUAUGGCUUAUUGCAUCGCGUUAAAGGCAUGACCAAGGAAGAGAUCGAGGUCAACCUUGUCGACGUGAGGAAAGCUUUGGCAGAUCAGAGAAUGCAUGGUUAUCAGAAGUUCUAUGUUGUAUGGGGCCGCAAGCCAGAGGAUGUUGACAUGUCCUAG